AUGCCAACACCCCCCGUUGUAGUUACAAAAACAGGGCCUCCAAAGCUUGACAUUCCCAUGCUGCCUGCAGUCCUGGAGACCCCCAAUGUGCUUGGAGCAUUGAGCCCACAUUUUGUGUCUAUGCUUAAGGAAACCGGAUAUCCUGUCUCAAUUUUUAAAAAGGAUUCGCCAAAAGAUUUGCUCCGAAUCAAAAGAAACCUUGUCUCGACGCAUUUUAUUUCUCACUGGAGAACCUGGGAUAGGAAAGUCGGUUUUUCUUUUAUCAAUUGUCAAUCUGCUUGUGGAAGAGGAAAAGGCCGUAGUCCUAUACAUGCCAGAAGGGUUCCCUUUGUUGUUGUCGUGGAUCAAGUGAAUGCCUUAUUUUGCAAAACCCAAUACAUGAGUGUUAAUGAAAAACCGCUCACCGCAAAGAGCCUUCCCGUAGUUGCUUGUAUUCGCAACUUUUUUGAACAAUCAACGGCAUGUAACCGAUUUUUUGCCGUUGGGGCCCUCUCUUUUACAGACAGCAGAAUUUUUAAUUCAGAGUUGAGCAUGGCAUUUGAAGAAUUUUCACGGCCUAAGCGAGAUGCAUAUGUUUCCAUUGACAGAUCGGAGCAAAUAGUCCCUGUUUUGGAAGAGGAGAAAAAUUUCGACAUUUACAAGGUUCCACCACUAUCCAAAGAGGAAAUGCUGGAAAUUUUAAAGUUUUUCAAGCAAGUCGGCCUUAUUUAUCCAGUAAUCCAGGGCAAGGGCGUUGGGUCCCAGGGGCCUGUUCUUAAAGUUGUUCGAUCAGAAAAUAGCGUCAUCAGCCGAGUACAUUUGCCGUCUGGAAUUGCCGGCCGAGGCCUCAUCAUCGACAAAGAAGCCUUGAUUCCGGUUUCCAAUGUGGCCCUGAUCGAUCCUGUAGAAAAACUGGCCACGAAAAUUAAAUGGUGCGAAGUAAUAGAUGCCAACAACAUCACUCGCUCGACAAGGAUUUCCCUUCGUUCUGGUGUUGAAAUUCCGGUUCCCAGAUACAUCCCCCAAAAGCGCUACGGUAUUGAUGGCUUUGUUUUAUUAUCUUUACAGAGGGAAAUAGAGAUACGCCUCCAAACCUGGUUGUGCACAAGAGCUUCAGUCCCGAUUUGA